AGAAGGAAAUUAAAAGACGUUAAAUACUGGAGCCUGCUCACCCUGGUCAGCCUAGCUGUCUGACUUACCAGUCAACAUGAAGGUUCUCAUUAUUCUGGGGCUGGUCCUCCUUUCUGUCAUGGUCCAGGGCAAGGUCUUUGAAAGGUGUGAGUUGGCCAGAACUCUGAAAAGGUUUGGACUGGAUGGCUACAGGGGAAUCAGCCUAGCAAACUGGAUGUGUUUGGCCAAAUGGGAGAGUGAUUAUAACACACGUGCUACAAACUACAAUCCUGGAGACCAAAGCACUGAUUAUGGGAUAUUUCAGAUCAAUAGCCACUAUUGGUGUAACAAUGGCAGAACCCCAGGAGCAGUUAAUGCCUGUCAUAUAUCCUGCAAUGCUUUGCUGCAAGAUGACAUCACUGAAGCUGUGGCCUGUGCAAAGAGGGUUGUCCGCGAUCCACAAGGCAUUAGGGCAUGGGUGGCAUGGAAAGCUCAUUGUCAAAACAGAGAUGUCAGUCAGUAUGUUCAAGGUUGUGGAGUAUAACUGCAGAAUUUUCCUUCUUCAGCUCAUUUUUGUCUCUUUCUCACAUUAAGGGAGUAGUUAUUAAGUGAAAGGUCACACUACCAUUAUUUCACUUCAAACAAAUAAUAUUUUUACAGAAGCAGGAGCAAAAUAUGACCUUUCUUCUAAGAGAUGUAGUGUUCACUAAUGUGGUUAUUAUUUUAUAUUAAGCCUACAGAAUUUUUCAGUUUGCAAACAGAGCUAAUACUGGUGAAAAUGCAUCUAAAACCUUGGUUGUCAAAUACAUCUCCAGUAUAUUCAGUUUUUAUCAAAGAAAUAACCCAGACUUAAUCUCAAGUGACACAAGUAUACUCAGUGUUAAGUAAAAUAUAACAAAAGGUUAUCUUAAACUAAUCUUAGGCAAAAUACCAGCUGUAUAGUCAUCUGUUCAGUCAUCUCCAAAAAUAGUAAAAAUAACUGUUUUGUUGGGCAAUAUGAAAUUUUUAAUGGGGUAGGUGGAAUAGCAAAUGCUAGAAACAGACUGCCUGAAUUGAGAAUUUUGUUUUUAUAAAGUGUGUUCCUUUCUAAAUUUCUGUCCCUUAAUUUGAUUAAUUUCAUUCAUGUAUUAUGAUUAAAUCUGAGGCAGAUGAGCUUACGAGCAUUGAAAUAAUUACUAAUUAAUCACAAAUGUGAAAUUAUGCAUGAUGUAAAAAAUACAAACAUUCUCAUUAAAGGCUUUGCAACACA